AGAGUUCUAAACAUCCCCUGCGGUCAGAAGCAACUUAUUGGUUUAGGCACAAAUGACCCAGAAGAGAAAAUGGAUUUCAUAAGGCAUGCAAUUGGAUCAAUCACAACAGAUCCAGAGGAGACCAAUAGUCUGAAGGUUGCUGAAGAAGUGAUUACUAGAGAUUACACUUGUGGCAUGACCGAGACUCAGCAACAACAAUUCAAGGUAUCGCUUGUCUGCUUUAUUGUCGGGCACUUCCUUGUAGCAAAAUCCAGAACAAAUCAUGGAAUCCAAGAUUAUUGGGGUUUGCUUCUAAAUACGAAAGAUAUCAAGCUGUUAAACUUCUGCACGAUGGUCAUUGAUGAAUUAAUGGAAUCUGCGAAAAAGGUUCAAGCUGAUAUCAGAGCUGGCCGGCCAGUUAAGAAUGUAUCUGGAUGCACUCUGUUCCAGCAGGUUUUCUACCUCGACAGUAUCAAUUUUGGCGCCCUAAACAGGCCUGCCGCGAUCUUUCCUAGAAUAGCAGCAUUUGACUGUGAGACAAUGAACAAGAUGAUUGAAGCAGACAAAGCAAGUACUAGCUCAUGUUCUGAGGAUAACAUGGCAUCAUAUGGCUGUAACAAGCUUAAAGAGUUCGAGUCAACUCCAUCAAAUAGCACCGGCAUGAGGACACCGCGCGUGAAGCCAGCUGUAACAAGUUACCUUGAUGACUACAUGCAAGGCAAGGUGGACCAGAAGCUUAACCUAAAACAAGUAGAUGAUCUUAAGUUGCACAAUGCUAGAAUGAUCCAUCAUGUGCACAACACGAAAUAGUUCAUUCUAGAUUGUUCCAUGCCCAAAGGAUCAACCACUCCGUGGAAGAACCAGGUGGAACUAUAUUUCAAGAAGAUGCUCGACAAGGUUUUGCAAGACAACCAUUCACUUGCUAAGAGGAUGCAUUUCCACACAAAACUCAGUUGAUGAAGAAAACAUUUCCCUUGCUAAAAGGAUGCGGUACCAUGCGAACUCUGCUGAUAGGUCUGGAUCCUUGCCAGGACCUAUGGUAAACAACUUGUUCAAAAGGUCGCAAAAUAAUUCAGGAAGUGCUGGCGAUACAAGUAGCGACUGUACAUCCACCAGAAAGAAUAAUUCGGUAGGUCGUAUUGUGCAGAUAUGGCCCCCAGGUCAUCAAUCUGAACAUGGAGGCAUGAAACACUCAUGCAGUCCUCUGACAGCUCCAGCAGCAGAACCCGCCAAAGGUGCACCAACAUGUCGUGCGAAUCUCCCGCCGCAAACUGAGACGACUGCAUAUCCAUUGAACAUCGACAGGACCCCAGUACAGCCCGAUUCAGCUAGUCCCCUGGAUAAUAGUGGCAGCAGUACAUUCAAGACACCUGACGUACUGAAGCCGUUGGUUACAUAUUCUCCAACAACCAUGGCUCGCCUGACCUCAGAGUCUGGUUUUUUGGCCAGACUACUGGACACCGAGGAGUCCUUAAAAUUGGACGCAAGAGCACUUGACUCGGACUUCGCGGAUACACCUAUCAAGAGGGUAACGUGCGUAAUGGUAUCGAUGGCAAGAAAUCCCUGGAUAUUUGGAGCGGCUGUGAAACCGAGACCUCCUGAAUUCAUUGACGGAAUGUUUGAUUACCUUGCGAAAGACACAUCUUCAUUUCAAUGGUACAUUCUGCAAGGUCGGUGGAUUAUUCAUGCACAUCCCCGUGUCGUGGAUAUCUCUGGACUCCAUCUGAAGAACAUUUUCGUGAGAAAUCAAACAUUUAGCUAUGACGCAUUUGAUAUUGCAAUUCGACGGUUUACCCAACUCGAUAGGAACAUGUACGGGGAAGGGCAGAAGAAGUGCUGGAGACAUAUCUUUGAGUCAGAUUUCGUGAUGUAUGCACUUGCCAAUGAAGAUCCAAUCAGUGAGCGCAGCAUCCGAGAGAAGUUCAUAUCGAGAUGCAGCGACUAUGAAAUUUCAGAGUGCAAAAUGCUUGUUCUGCCAGGACUUGUGGUUCAAACAUGGUGGUCUUAUUUUUGGGACAUGAGAAAAAAUCUUGUUCAUAUCUUGGACCCUACGUACCAUGAAGAUGCGUCUGCAGAAUUGACGAAACUACAUGACCACAAUGUCCAGCAGAUCCAAAAUUAUCUGUCCAAAUGCAUUGAGCUAUUAUUCAAAGGUUGGCAGAUAGAUUGGACAUCUUUCAAGAACAAUUAUGUGAUGCCCUUCGUGCCUGGUUGCAGGAGUGUCGACUCUGGCCUUGCAACACUGCUUGCUAUAAGGGACUUCGACGGUACUAAGUUUGUUACACCAUCCUCAGAGGUAUGCUUUGAAGAUAGCCGGAAGGAACUGCUGUACGAGAUGAUGUCGAUUGAAGGGAAUACCGGACUUGUACCACCCGCGCUAACAUCUGUCUUGGAUUAGCCGCCCGGGUUCGUAUGUAUCUCAAGGCUGGGUUAUCUUGAUAAGGGUUCCAUUCAAUUCCAAUCACUUUCUUCGCAAUAUGUAAUGCAGAACUUGUCAUGCACUCCGGACUGUAGUUCCAUGUAUCGUUCUUUUGCUUUGUUCAAGAACA